AUGGCUUCUUCUUCUUCUUGUCUUUCUUCCGCAAUCUUUCCUCAACAAAAGCAUGAGAUUCAAGAAAAAUAUUAUGUGUUUCUUAGUUUUAGAGGUGAAGACACCCGCCAUCAAUUUGUAAGCCAUCUUUAUGCUGCUUUAUCUGCAAAGCAUAUUUCAACUUUCAUGGAUGAUCAUGAACUUCAGAUCGAUCCAUCGGAUGUACGAAAACAGGAGGGAAGUUGUAAAGUUGCAUUUGCUAAACUUGAAGAACGUUUUAAAGACGGAAUGGAGAAGAUGCAUCAAUGGAGGGCUGCAUUGACAGAAGCGUCUAAUCUAUGUGGAUUGGAUUCAAAGAGUUUCAUGGGUAUUAAAACUGCUAAUAUCCUUGUUGGUGAUGCUCUAAACGCUAAGAUAUCAGACUUUGCUAAUAUCCUUGUUGAUGAUGCUCUAAACGCUAAGAUAUCAGACUUUGGGAAUCCUAUCCUUUAUGCAGAGGAUGGACAGGACAAUGAAUUUAAGGUCAUCAAAGUAAAAGCAACACGGCCGGAGAGUGAGUUAGUUCAAAGAAUUGUUGGAGAUGUUUUGAAAAAAUUGCCUCAAUAUCUAUCAUCAGAUGAACAAUAUUUCAAGGGACUCAUUGGAAUUAAAGAAAACAUAAAGGAAAUUGAAUCACUAUUAUCCAUUGGCUCAAAAGAUAUUCGCCUUAUAGGUAUUUGGGGCAUGGGGGUUAUUGAUGAUGUGGAUAAGUCAAUCCUUUUAGAUGAUCUAAUCAAAGGAUGUCAUCAACUUGCUCUUGGAAGUAGAAUCAUUGUUACAACUAGAGAUAAACAAGUGCUUAGGAAAGCAGCCCAUGGUAUUUACAAGGUUGAGAGCUUAAAUGACAAUGAAUCUCUUGAGUUCUUCCAUUUGCAUGCUUUUCGUGAAAACUCUCCAACAAUUGAUGAUGAAAUGGUGUUAAAGGUAACAAGAUAUGCUUAUGGAAACCCACUAGCUCUUAAGGUCUUGGGCUCUUUCCUUUGCUGUAGAAGUAAAAUAGAUUGGGAAAGUGCACUGAAGAAGCUGAAAAGGGUUCUAAAUCUAGAAAUUCAAAAUGUGUUGAAAAUCAGUUACGAAGGACUAGAUAAAGGGAACAAGGAUAUAUUUCUUGACAUUGCUUGCUUAUUUAAGUCAUCUUUUACAAGAGACCAUGGAGAAAGCAUAUUAGAUGAUGGAAAUUCCUCUGUGGAAAUAGAAAUAAAUGGAACCAAAGCAGUUGAAGUCAUAUCUUUGAACAUAUUUGAAAUUAAAAAAAAUGUGAAAGUGCGUCAUGGAGCCUUCUCAAAUAUGCACAACGUACGAAUUCUCAAAAUUUAUUAUUUUGAUGACAUACGUCAAAAUGAGUUUCUCCAAGUUUGUGACAACAAUAUUGGUGGCAAUAAGUUCAAACUGUCCGUUCCUCAAGAUCUUGAUUCUUAUCUUUCUAAUAAGCUAAGGUAUUUUCAAUGGGACUUAUACCCUUUAAAAUGGUUGCCAUCAAACUUUAUUCCUGAGAAUCUUGUUGAACUUGUACUUCGUGGCAGCCGUGUUGAAAAGCUCUGGAAUAAUCAUAGAGUUGUGUCUCUUCCGGUGUUAAGAAGGAUGGAUCUUAGUUAUUCUAAGUUCCUUACUCAGUCUCCAAAUCUGGAAAGUAUAAAUCUUGCAGGCUGUACAAGCUUGGUUCAAGUUCUUUCAGCUCUUCAAAAUCUUGACAAGCUUACUUAUCUAAAUUUGAAUGGCUGCUCUAAACUCAGAGAUUUUCACGAGAUAUCAAAGAGAACAAAGGGAUUAUCAAAAAGUUGCAUCCAAAAUUUUACAAGCAAUUUAUGUCUCUACUCAACUCAGGCUCACAUUUCUCAAAAGUUUGCACCGAAUUUAAGGUAUUUAGGUUUGAGUGGGACAUCAAUAGAAAUAUUGCCCCCAUCAAUUGGGUAUCUAUCAGGUCUUGUGGAAUUAGAUUUGUGGUCUUGUAAAAGACUUAAAAGGCUUCCAACAAGCAUUUGUCACUUGAAAUCUCUUGAAUCUUUGGAUCCGCGUUGGUGUGAGAAACUGAAGGCGUUUCCAGAAAUCUUGGAGCCUAUGGAACACUUGACAUUACUUAUGUUAAAUGGCACGGGGAUUAAAGAGUUGCCGGAGUCGAUUGAAAAUCUAGUAUCGCUCAGAGCUUUAUAUAUGCAAGUAUGCAAGGACUUUGAGUUUCUCCCCAACAGUCUACGUAAUUUAAGGAACCGUGAGAUCAUAUGCCUCGACUCCUGUUCAAAAUUUCAAAUGUUGCCUUCCCUUCCACCGUCUUUUUUCAACUUGGCGGUGGAAUAUUGUGAGAGAUUGAAAUCGUUACCAGAGGUUCCAUCACUAUGUUUGAGUUUGUUUGCAAUUGGCUGCACGUCACUGGAGAACAUUUUGUAUUGGAGGGCUCCAAUAUUACUUGAUCUUGACAUCACUAAAAAAUUGAAUGGAAUUUAUGAUUAUAUUGACUUUUAUGGUUGCCAAAAAUUGGAUCAGAAUACACGCAACAUGCUCACUGAUCAAGCAGUAAUUCAUAUUGUGUCUCGGUUGAAAUUUGGAAGAACUAGUGAAAGGUGUCAUGAUUUUCGCUAUCCAGGAGAUGAAAUUCCAAGGUGGUUCAACUAUCAAACUUGUGGGACUUCAAUCAAUAAUGUUAUGCUUCCUCCAUAUUGGAAUAACGAUGACUUCUUGGGUUUCGCUUUCUGCAUUGUUUUUCAUCAGAAUAAAAUUAACCCUCAUAUAUUUCUUAAUAUUGAUUGCAAAUUAGAUUCCAAAACCAUCGAUCAUGAUCAUCCGUAUGAAUAUCAUUUCUUCACGUAUGUUGAGGGAAAGGAGGUCAAUUCAGAUCACGUUCUCAUGUGGUAUGUAAGAAAACCGACUUUGAAAGAAGAAAUGAAUGGACUAAAUUGGCCAUCUACUUGUAGCACUGAGGCAUUUUUCCACGUCUGGCAUGAGUAUUAUGAUUCAAGAGUCUAUGGACGUAAGUCUGACGAGAUUAAGAAGUUUGGGGUUCGGCUUGUAUACAAACAGGACAUAGAUAGAUUAGAUGCAAAAACUGUAAGAAAGAAUAAAAGACGCUUCAAUGAAUGUUGUGAAUCAAGUGGAAGUGAAGCUGUUGAGACUCUUGAGGAAGAAGACGAUGAUGAAUCACAUUCUAAGAAACUCGUGGUUAUAAACAGUGAGAUGAUGCCACACCAACAACCACUUUUGAAAGCAUUUAUGCAUAUCAAAUCAGUUGAUGCUAAGGCAUCAUCUUUGUCUGUUGUUUCUGCACUCUUCCGGUUCUUCUUCUGUUUGUUUUCUGCUUAA